GGCGCCUCCCCGCCCAUGCCCGGCUGCAGCGGGGAGGCGUGGUGGACAGCGAGCCCCCUUUGCCUGCCGCGGGCUGCUGUGCGCGCCGACCAUGCCAUGAGCGCCUCAGCACACAGCAGCAGCAGCAACAGCAGCAACUGCCGCCGCCGCCUUUUCCUCCACAGCCGCCCAAACGCAGCAGAGCCGAGGCGCCACAGGAGCUGCUGUUGCUGCUGUCGCCGCCCCGCCUCGCCAUGCACGGUCUGUGCUGCUGCCUCUGCUUGGUGGUGGCCGCUGUGGUGGGGCUCUCGGUGGCCAACAGAAAUUGCCCGGAUCUCGUCGUUGACAGCUGCCUCUGCACAGCCGAGCGCUCCAAGGGACCCGGGCGACGAAUCGUCCGCAUCAAAGUUGUCUGUAGCGGAGGAGAGUUGGUGGAAACUUUGCAGCCUUCCUUACUGCCGAACCGCACCGUGUCCCUAAUUCUGAGUAAUAACAAGAUCUUAUGGUUAAAGAACAACUCUUUCAUUGGACUGAGAUCUCUGGAGAGACUAGAUCUGAAGAAUAACUUGAUUAGUACUAUUGAGCCUGGGGCCUUCUAUGGACUUUCAGAACUAAAGCGUCUGGAUCUUUCUAACAAUAGAAUUGGUUGCUUAAUGCCUGAAAUAUUUGUAGGCCUAAGAAACCUUCAUAAAUUGAAUUUAUCAGGGAACAUAUUUUCAAGUCUCAUGAAUGGACUUUUUUCUGAGCUCUUAGCUCUGAAAGUUGUACACUUCUAUACUGAUUCACUCAUUUGUGACUGUAAUGUCAAAUGGGUCUUACACUGGGCUAGAAAUACGUCAGUUCGAAUACAAGAAGAAACAGUUUGUGCUUUCCCCAGGAGUUUACAAGGAACAGCAUUUCAGAACCUGAAAGAAAGCCAACUGAUAUGUGCUGGACCUUUGGAGCUACCUCUUUUUGAAUUGAUACCAUCACAGAGACAGGUGGUUUUUCAUGGUGAUCGCUUGCCAUUUCAGUGUACAGCAACAUACGUUGAUAACACAACACAAGUGCAUUGGUACCAUGAUGGUCGCCUAAUUGAAACUGAUGAUGAGAAUGGCAUGUUUGUGGAAGACAGCAUAAUACAUGACUGCUGUUUAAUUACACGUGAACUUAUCUUAUCCAGCAUUGAUAUUGAUGCAACAGGAAUGUGGGAGUGUAUGGUCAACAACUCAUAUGGAAGCAUCUCUAAGCAAGUGGAAAUUGUUGUCCUAGAAACAGCUGCAGCUUACUGUCCUGCUGAAAGAAUUCUUAACAAUAAAGGAGAUUUCAGAUGGCCCAAAACUCUGGCUGGAAUAAUUGCUUACCAUCCAUGUCUUCAGUAUGCACUCAAUUCAGUUCCCCUUUUGAAUGGAGCAGAAGAAUCAAAAGCAUGGCGUAAGUGUAACCGCACAGGUCGAUGGGCUGAAGAGAGCUAUUCGGAAUGUCCUUACUCACAAGAAGCAACACAAGGUCUUUAUGCCUUUAGUCAGGUGCAUCUUAAUGCCACCAAUUCACUUGAGUUUUCCCAUCAGCUUGCAACCUACACAAGAGAUGCUGCCAACUUUGCAGAUAAGAUGGAUGUUAUCUAUUUGGCUUACAUGCUGGAAAAGCUGCUCUCAUAUGUGGAUGAGAUCAAAGAUCUUGCAGAUGCUGUCAUUGAGAUUGCCAGCAAUAUAAUGCUGGCAAAAGACUAUGCAUUAUGGAUGGCACAAAAGGAUGAUAAAGCUUGUACUAGGAUUGUACAGUGUGUGGAGCAGAUUGCAAAUCAAACACUGACCAGUAAUACACAGGUCAUAUCCAAGGUUUCUCUUAAUAUUGCUCUGGAGGCCUUUAUGAUCAAACCAUCUAACUUCAUGGGGAUGACUUGCACUGCCUUCCAGAAAAUAUCUGCACAUUCAGACAGGUCACUGACCCGUGACACAGGGAACAGAGACCCAGACCAACAUUUGAAUUUUAAGUGCAAUGCUGGCAGUCAUAGCAACUCUGUGGUGAAUUUCCCUACAAUGAAUGCUGUGGCAGUAGCUUCAGUUCAUUUGCCACGGUCUGUCUUCUCUUCAUCUCCAGCCUUGCAAUCUGUUGAUAACUCCUCUUGCAAGCUACAGUUUAUUGCCUUUCGGAAUGGAAAACUCUUCCCGAGCACUGCAAACUCAUCUAACCUUGCAGAUUAUGGGAAGCACAGGACAGUCGGAACGCCAGUUGUCUUCAUUAAAAUAGAUGGGUGCAGUAUCGGAAACCUCACCAAUCCUCUUACUAUAGCAUUGAAGCACUUUACACAGGGUACAAACCCCAUUGCAGUCUUUUGGGAUUUUGACCUUCUAGAUGGACAUGGAGGCUGGUGGGGAGAAGGGUGCCACAUAAUUAGCUCUGCAGACAAUAUUACCACGCUUCAUAGUACUCACUUUGGUAACUUUGCAGUGCUAAUGGAUCUGAAGACAAUAUUGUCCCCCCAAUACCCUGGGGAGUUCCUGCACCCUGUGGUCUAUGCAUGUACUGCUGUCAUGCUAUUGUGCCUGUUUGCUUCAAUUAUCACCUAUAUUGUGCAUCACAGCACGAUUCGAAUCAGCAGAAAAGGCUGGCACAUGCUCCUCAACUUCUGUUUCCAUACCGCUCUCACUUUUGCUGUUUUUGCUGGCGGAAUAAAUCGUGUAAAAUAUCCAAUUAUCUGUCAAGCGGUGGGCAUAGUAUUGCAUUAUUCUACACUCUCUACUAUGCUGUGGAUUGGAGUGACUGCAAGGAAUAUUUAUAAGCAAGUCACAAAAAAGCCUCAGACCCCACAAAACAGUGACCAGCCUUCAUACCCAAAACAGCCAUUGCUCAGGUUUUAUCUGAUUAGUGGAGGUGUUCCGUUUAUUAUUUGUGGAAUUACAGCAGCAACUAAUAUCAAUAAUUAUGGGGGAAAGGGGAACAACGACGCCCAGUACUGUUGGAUGGCAUGGGAACCCAGUCUUGGUGCAUUUUAUGGGCCAGUUGCAUUCAUUGUCCUGGUCACCUGCAUUUAUUUCCUCUGCACAUAUGUGCAGUUAAGGCGUCACCCAGAACGCAAGUACGAAUUGAAAGAAAGGACGGAAGAUCAACAGAGGCUGGCAAGUCCCGAGGUUGGCCACAGUCACAUGACGGACUCUGGAUCAGUCUCCCAAGCCACGUGCUCAAUGAUUUCUUCUUCCUUGCUGGAAAACGAGCACUCUUUUAAGGCUCAGCUUCGAGCUGCGGCAUUUACUCUGUUCCUGUUUACUGCCACUUGGACCUUUGGUGCACUUGCCAUUUCUCAAGGACAUUUCUUGGAUAUGAUAUUUAGCUGUCUGUAUGGAGCAUUUUGUGUGACCUUAGGGCUCUUCAUUCUCAUCCAUCACUGUGCAAAGAGAGAUGACGUGUGGCAUUGCUGGUGGUCCUGUUGUCCAUCUCGAAGAAACACGUACUCAGUUCAAGUGAAUGUUCGCCCAAAGGUUAACGUCAAUGGGGAAAGUCAGGUUCAUGCCCCAUGUCUUCAGGAGUCACCUUGUCCUACUAAAGCUGCUGUUUUUAAUCACCCAGCUGCUAGUCACUGCAAACUUACUAAUCUACAAGCAGUUCAGAAUCAUGUCAAUUGCCUUUCACCGGUUACACCGUGUUGUGCAAAAAUGCACUGUGAUCAGCUCCUUGAAGAUGAAGCUCAUAUCCACGUCCACAGUGAGGGGACUUUCAGACCCAACAUGCAUAUCCACAGAUGUCUGAAAAGCAGAACUAAGCCACGAUACUUCAGCCGACAUCGGUCUGCGGGAGAAAGAGAGUACGCUUAUCAUAUUCCUUCCAGUAUUGAUGGCAGCAUCCACAGCUCGCACACAGACAGUCCACACAGUACACAUGACAGUCAGUCUGGGCACAGGCGGGUCUGUUGUGCAAAAAAUGAUCCAUAUCCUACCAUCAGCCAGCCUGAGAGUAGUGAUGCAAGUACUGUGAUCUACAGUUGUGCUAAAGUGCCAGAAAGUGACCCAGUACACCAUGCAGCUCAUUUUGAGAUGCAUCCACGGACACAGUCCUUACCAUUUAGCACAACCAGCCACAAUGGGAUUCUAAAGGGGAACCUGCACGAAGCCAUGGUCUACAGUUCAGAUAGUACAGGGAACAUCAAAACUGGCCCAUGGAAGAAUGAAACUACUGUGUAGUUGUUGGGCCGCUUCUUCUCCCUUCACAACUCCAACCAUCUUCAGCUUUGUUUUCCUUCUAAAGACUCUUCAUGUUUGUGUAGCAGAUCAGUAAGCUGUACAGGUUUUCAUCCUCUGUUUUCUUAAUAUGAAGAGGCUUUUCAAAAGCAGCAGUGGUCUCAACAUUAUUUUUAAAAGGAUGAUGGCAUUUGGUUCUGUGGGGAGGGGGAACCCUGAAAAGUAAAUCUAGGGAGCUAAUAUGAGGCAAUAUCCUUUUGUUACAACACACUAUACUUAUUUCUUCUUUUAAAAAAAAUUCUGCAUAAGCAUCAGACACUUUUAUACACCUAUUGGCAUCACAGUAUUUCCUUGGUUAUUCUUAUAGCAAAUUGUUGUUCCAUUGAUUUUAAAAGUUACAGUAGCAGAAAGAUAAAGAGGAUUUUCUAAACAGACUUAACACAGCUUUUUAGACCUACAAAAGUGAUACUGCCUCUAAAGACCUUCUGUAGCAUAUGGCCUGUAAAAUCAUGUAGUGUACAGUUGCUGUUAUGUCUUUCUUCUGAUGGAGAGAAGUGCUAGGUAACGUCCCUCUUAACAUCUCCGGUGCUGUAUUGGUUGUAAUUUAUUUAUUUUUUUGCAUGGCACAUGUCAGGAUAAUACCAUUUGCUGUUUUCUAGUGUUACAUGUGUAAAAUGAAGAAGAAAAAACCUAUUGUAAAAGGCUGUUACUAUUCCUGUUGGUAUUAAUCUAGAGCAUUUUGAAUCUAUGAAAAAUGGAAAAAAAAAACCCACUACUGCACUAGUUUGUGGCACAAUCCUUUGUAUAAGGUUAUAUGAUAGCUUUGAUAAGGGUCCACUCUAAUCUGUCUCUACAGAGCAUGCACUAUUCAUUGUAUGUGGCACUGUGCUGUGUAAUAGCCGCUGUUUCCACAAGUUUCACUCCUUUGUAAGUCUGCCUUUUGGAACCAAUCUGCAAGCUGUCCUACAAUCAUUUUUUAAAGUGCAGUUUUAUCAUUAACUCCAAGACUACAAUCUUUUAUUUAAACUUAAAUACAAUCUAAGACUACUACAAUCUAAGACUACAAUCUUUUAAUUUAGGGAAGAAUCCAGCCCAAGUGAAGUGCUAUUAGAACCCAUUAAUUUCAAUCAGAAAGAGAUAAGCUGUGCACCUACUUAAAUCUUCCCCACUGAAAUGAAUGAGACUUAAAAUAGCUUAACUUUGACUGGAUCAUUUCCUUAUUCUAUUUUGGAGGCUGGUGGGAGAUUUGUACAUGCAGUAUUUUUUUAAAAAAUAAUCAUAACAACAAUGUAGUCCACAGUAGUUAGAUAAGGCUACAACACUUCGAAGGAGCAUUUAUUAAAAAUAUAUAUCUAUAUUCUACAUUUUAGGUAAAAUUCCCUUCCCUCCCAUGCCCUCCGAUUCUCUCUAUACAUUCAUGCAAAGUUGACCUUCAGUAGCAGUUGUGAUUUAUUCUGCUCAGCCUCAAGACAUUUUAGGGUCAAUGAUAUACUCUAUUCAUGAGGCUUUGGGCAGAUAUACUUUUUAAAAUAGUUAUCCAUGAACAUCUGGAAACAAAGCACCAACUCACAGGGAAAAAUAGAACUAUAAUUACCCGUAUUUAAAAUUUAAAAAAGUUAAAAAGAGUCUGGUUAUAAAUUGGUGACAUAAUGUGAAUGGGACCAUACAGCAAAAAGAACAGGAAAAGACUGCAUUGAAAAAAGAGAACAGUAUUUCCACAAAUAUAAAGAACAAGCACAAUGUUAUACGGCCAUGAAGAGCAAAUUUAUAUCUAACAAGCUCAAGUAACCAUUACAUUCCUUACAAUCUAGGCAAUUCCUUGGGAAGGAGCAUUGCUUUGUAGAGCAUUCUUUUGUCAAGCUCUGUACAGAGUUUAGUUCAUAUGUCUCUUAUCAGCAUGUUACGAAUCCCUCCAUUUCUGCUAUGUAAGAAUCUAUUUCCUUACAAUGUACAUAACAGAUGAUUAUUAUAAUUGUUGGAAUGUUAUAAAUAUAUAUGUGUGUGUGUGUCAGAUGAAUGUGUUCUGCAGUGUUUGCAGGUGGGAAUUAGUACUCAAAGGGUUAAUGCUCAGUAUCUGAGUGUGAGGAUUUUUGUUUGUUUUCUCCCUUUUCUGUAUUUUUUAUAAAGUUCAAAUAUAUAUUGUAAAUUACAGCAUAUAAUGUAUCCACUGUGUAUGCGUGAGUGUGUGUUGUUAUGUGUGUCUUUCAGAGGUGAACAAGGCAGAAUGCACUAGCUGGAUAUUAUGUUUUGAACAGUGUUCAACCUUUUCAUGAUGGCUUCUUUUAGAUGAUGCAAAAGGCGGGGCGGGGGGGGACAUACACUAAGCUUUAUUAUGUAUAUGCUGUAUAUGCUUGAACUGUCUCAGAACUCAAAUACAAUAUUUUGCAUUGUGUGCAUAAUAUAUUUUCUUUUUAAUCAUUCUUUUUUCUUGUAUGUUAUUGCCAUUCCACAACAUCAGCGCAACUAUAUAAGCGUAGAUAGAAUGUUAAAUGCCACAUCUCUGUAUCUCAGCGAUAUUUAUAAUAUUCUGUAAUCGCAAAGUCCUAGAAGGUCUUGGCAUUAUGCAAAAUAGUCCACACACUCUGAAGUCCAGGUGAAAUCGUCACUUUUUAGGAACACAGUCGUUGAAGUAUUCCAGCUUGUGUUUCUUUUGCCAAUCUUGUUCUGUCUGACAAAAAAGAAGAGAUAAUUUAAUGGGUGCUGCUUUACACAGAGGAUUUUCUGUUAUCAACCCCUCCUGAAGACUAACGUUCAGUAUUGAAAAACCUUUCGUAUUGUGUCUGAAUAUAAGUUAGCAAAUAUUUCUGGCUAAUUUGGAAAAAAUGUUAUGCAAUAAUCUGUUGGCAUUUUUUAAAAGGAAAUAUACAAUAUCAUUGCAGAGUAGGAGAACAUGAUAUUAAAUAAAUUAAAAACAUGUUUUGUAACAUCA